GACAAGUCCGGCGAGGCGCGUUCCCGCCGCUCCGCCGCCCUCCCCUCCCCCGCCCGCCCGCCCAGCCGGCGCCGCCCGCGCUGCCACACGCACCCACUCCCGCACACGCCCGCGGGUGCCCGCGGCCUCUGCAGGGGAAGAAACACAAGGAACUGAUCGAAACUCCAGGUAGAAGAUAAAUUUUGGAAUAAGAAGAAACUUGUGUACACUGAAAAGAAAUCACAGAAGGAUUGUUGAGAAGAGUCUAGAGUACAAGUUCCGGUAGGAAAAUGACUCGCCUGGCACGGGAGCAGGAGUUAUGAGCCAUGUCCCAGUGAGACCGGUGGAAUUAAGAGCAAAUGCCUGGAGAAGUCCAGUUGCACAGAGCAGUGCUACAGCUCUUGUGAACUGCGGGUAUCGACGCCUCUCAGACUCGCUUCUCUGGCCCCGAGCACUCUGCCAGUAAUUCCUGCCCCACGAAUGGCUACUCAGAGGAAGCACUUGGUGAAAGAUUUCAAUCCUCAUAUCACCUGCUAUAUCUGUAAAGGCUAUCUCAUCAAGCCAACUACAGUAACCGAGUGCCUCCAUACCUUUUGUAAGACUUGUAUUGUUCAACACUUUGAAGACAGCAAUGACUGUCCCAGGUGUGGCAACCAAGUGCAUGAGACCAAUCCACUAGAAAUGUUAAGGCUGGAUAACACCUUAGAGGAAAUUAUAUUUAAGUUGGUGCCUGGACUUCGAGAACAGGAACUGCAGCGAGAGAUCGAAUUUUGGAAGAAAAACAAACCCCAAGAAAAUGGACAAGAUGAAAGUCCAAAAGCUGAUAAACCCAAAGUAGAUGAGGAGUGUGAUGAAAACGAAGAAGAUAAAGACUAUCACAGGAGUGACCCACAGAUUGCUAUCUGCCUCGACUGUUUGCGCAACAAUGGGCAGUCAGGAGAUAAUGUAGUCAAAGGUUUAAUGAAGAAAUUUAUCCGCUGUUCUACUCGAGUGACUGUGGGAACUAUCAAAAAGUUUCUCAGCUUAAAAUUAAAACUUCCAAGUUCUUAUGAGCUGGAUGUACUAUGCAACGGAGAAAUUAUGGGGAAGGAUCAUACUAUGGAAUUCAUCUAUAUGACAAGAUGGAGACUAAGAGGCGAAAACUUUCGGUGUCAGAACUGCUCAUCUUCGCAAGUCUGCUCACAGGAUGGCACUUUUUAUCAGUCUUACCCCAUGGUACUUCAGUAUCGACCUAGAAUUGACUUCGGUUAGACCAAAGGGCCAGAUCCCACUGAGAUGAAUCCUGCACUAUUUGUUUACCCAUCGACAGAUUGCACAAUGAAUGGAUGUGCCUGGACUGGGGGGACACAGCCAGAUUUUCAGCAUGCAAAUAAGGACAUUGUCUUUCUUAAAAGUGUCAGUUGCAUCUCUGUUGUUUCUAUUAGAGCAAGCCAAGUGCCAUUCUGCUACUGAAAUGUGCAUAAGAUAUUUGUGUAUCUUAAGGGUGUGCUGCAAAUCAUAGCCAAAAUCAUGAAGUGUACAGUCAAGAUUCAAAAACUAUGGAAUAUUUUUGCUUGCGUGUUAGAAAAUUUUUCUGGUCCUAAUAUUGAUUACAUUAGCAAAAUGGCAGAGUGCUCAUUCCAUGUGGUGUUGCAGUUUCACACACUUACUAUUUUACUGAAUAUUGUUGUUUAAAUCAUAGAGUACUGUAAAAAUAACUAAGGAUUAUACCUUGACAAUAUUUUGUAUAGAAAAUAUAUUUAGAAAUGUGGUGGUUGGGCCACUACCUUUUUCUUGAUAAGGUUCUCAUGGGUCCAGGUAUAGCUCACUCAUGAGCGUGCAACAGUCCUUUUGCAGUGAAUGAAGAUUAAUUACACUUAACAAGAGGUGUAGAACAUGAUAAUUCAAAAUAGUAAUUUUAAAUCUUCUAAAUAGAUUCUGCUAAUAUUGCUUAAAAGCAUUGCAGCCUUUGUGAUUGCACUUUUCUAUGGUUUCCCUGAAGAUUGGUAUUUGGGAUACUACCUAUUUUUGGAAGAUGGCUUCUGGUCAGAUUACAUUUCUUCUAAUUAAGCUUCCACAAAAAUGAAGCUAAAAUAAUAUAAAUGUCUAUGGAACAAAUAAAUUUCACUACAAAAUUACAAGCAAGGCAAAAUUUUACAUAAUUAUUACCUCUCAUAAUAAGCAUUUCCUUUUAAGAUUGGAUGGAGGUCUAUAGUAUGUGAAAACAAAAGUAAUAUAUAGCUUUAAUUACGUAUUGUACCUCUUGCAACUAUCUGGAGUUUAGAAUUCAUUACAGAAAUUUUCAUUAGUUAAAGUCACAUCAUAAAACUAUUUCCAUAAAAUUAGAGGUAAUGCAAUAUUGAAGAUAAGCAGUCUGACCAAUAUAAUUGUUCAGGUCAUCUUUUUUCCUAAGACCUGGUAGUGCUGGAUAAAAAGUGAUUGUUGCCUUAGAUAUUGUAAGCAUAAUGGUUCUAGUAUGGAAAUUUUAUUGGGUUUUUUGGUAAUGUUGCAGGGAGCAUAGCAAUGUGUAUGUUUUCUGUAGUCUUCCAUUGUCUUUACUCUGCUUAAUAGUUAGUUGAGUUUUUCUCUUCAGGUUCUCUGGAGAUACUUAUAGUUCAGUAACUUUAUGUAAUUUCUACUUAAUAGAUGCCUGCUAGUGUUGUAGAUAGCUAUUUACUUUCUUUAUGCCUUUUGCAUACAGCAAAAAGGAACCAAAUUAAUUUUUCAGAAGCUACUGUAGAGUGAACUGGUUGUUCUUAGACAAAGUGAAAAUUCUUUCUUGGGAUCAAGCAUAAAAGAUGGAUGCAAGGCUGUAAAUCUUUUGUUAGUGUAUGUCCCUGUACAUUAGUAAGUUCUGUAGGAGAAAUAAGCAUGUUGUGGAUUAAAUCUAGCCCCUUUAAUGUU